AUGGGUCUCGAAUCGGGUUACGUGAAAAUUUUGAAAUUUUUUAAAAUUUUUGGUCUCGUGCCAAAUCAACUUAACGAACCAAAUUUAGUUAUUUCGCGACGUUACGCGUCUUUAAUUAUAAUUUUUUUGACUUUUUAUUGGGCAGUUUUGCUCCUGUCCUUCUGGGUGCCUCACGGAAAAGAUGUCAACAAGAUUUCCGUCAUCUCGAAUUGGAUUCAGCUCCUUUUCAAUGCCGUUACGUUGAGUGUUGCCUUGGGUUAUCCCAUCGUGGCGUCGCCAAUUGUCUCACGUAUUCGCAAUCUCUUUGCCAAUUUCGAUCAGAAAGUCGCUGCGAACGGUGUCGAAGGCGAUUCACGUAAAAUAUCACGAAAAAUUGGAUUCAUCGUUGGUCCAUUGGUGACUUUUAACUCGUACAUGUUAGUUUACGACCUUUAUGUGACGUGUUUCCAUACCGCAGUGAGCCAUUUUUGGUAUUGGCUUUUGACAUUUUUGCCUCUUUUUGUCUACUCGUUCGGUGUUGGAGCCGCGCUUUGUGUUUUGACGCAUCUUCGAGCGCGUUUUAAAAUUCUCAAUAAGCAACUUUUGCGUGAAAUUAGGACCGACAAGUGUGGCGUCGUCAUUGAAGUGCUCAAAACAGGCGAAAUUCGAAAAGAUGGCAAAAAAUUACGCGAUACGUUCCAUUUGAUGCACGAUUUGUACGAAUUGGCAAAAUUAAUUGGCGAUUACUAUGGGCCGAUGUUUCUGGCGGUUUUUACGGCAAUUUUUGUCGUUACGACAAUUCAAACUUAUUAUAUUUACACGUUUUUCUUGUCGUUUGAAGUCAUGGGAUCCGAUGUCAUUUGGAGCAUUAUUUUGAGUGCAAAUAUUAUUUUGCUGAAUUUUUCCUUGGUUUUCUCGAUUACGUGGAUUUGUGAGGCGAUUUCGAACGAAAGUAAAGUUGCCAUUGAUAGAAUUGCCAAUUUGAAGAUUAAUGGGACUGUUUCGGUGAAUGAAGCUGAGGACGUUCAAAGAAUUGCAAACUGCUUUAGCUGCACAACCUCUUCAAUAACUUUUUCAGCUAAUGGAUUUUUCAACAUCAACUAUUCAAUGUUAUGUUCCAUGAUCGGCGGCAUCACAACUUACCUCAUAAUUUACAUUCAAUUCUACUCUCUGUACGGGCAAGAAGACGAACUCCCAUCUGGACAUCGUUCCAACGGAAUGGAUCAAGAAUUAAGAGAUUCUCUCUUGAACGAAUCCGAAUCCGAUUAA